UGGACCAAUAGAGGGUACUUUAUUUAAAAGUGUUGCAGACAUAGCGGCAAUAUGAAAGUGGUUGCAGUUUUUAUUGUGGCACUUCAGUUAGCGAUCGGUGUUGAAGUCGAUGUAAAAACGACGAUAUCAGGAUUUGUUGUCACAUUAGAUGGAAUAACGAUAAUGGAACAAAGCGAAAUGAGUCCUAUGCUUGCUGUUGGAGCUGGCAACAGAGACGUAAUGGAAUUCCGAGGUAAUUUUCACAUCAAGGAUGAGGUUGUGUCCAGGAUUCCACUUAGAAGGUCUUCGGUUACAAAGAUAGACGAUACUUGGCAAAUUGUGCUUCAAGAGAGCGGGUCAUCUAACGAAUAUCAGACUAUAAUAGAAUUAGAGAAUGAUGCAUCUUCCCUAUUCGUCACAGUGACGGUCCAGGCUCAGCAUCCCAUAAACAGGAUGUGGGUCCGGUUUAAGGCCGAGCCGAGUGAACGAGUGUACGGUGGAGGAGAACAGUUUAGUUACCUCAACCUGAGAGGAAGGGCGUAUCCGAUCUGGACAAGGGAACAAGGUGUUGGAAGAAAUGAGAGUACCAUAACAACGUUCUUUGCGCAUCAGCGCGAGGGCGCUGGAGGUGCUUACCAUACUACAUACUUCCCCCAGCCAUCUUUCGUCAGCUCCAGACACUACUUCUGUCAUCUAUUGGAGUCAGCGCCCAGUGCGUUCGACUUCUCGCACGAGGAUUACCACGAGGUGGAAAUCCUGAAGACAGAAGUUGGGUUUAAACUUGCAUCGGGUAGCAGCAUCCAGGAGACUGUUGAAAAGUUGACAGGUCUCCUGGGACGCCAACCUGAGCUGCCAGAUUGGAUCUAUUCCGGGGCUAUACUUGGAGUACAGGGUGGCACAGACAAGAUGAUAUCGCACUUGACAGAUGCACAAGAGGCUGGUGUUAAGGUCAGUGGACUGUGGAUCCAGGAUUGGGUGGGCAAGAAGGUGACAUCAUUCGGCAGCAGACUCUACUGGAACUGGGUAUGGGAUGAGAAAUGGUAUCCCAAUUUAAAAACAGUUAUGAGAGAUCUUAAGGAAAAGGAUAUAAGAGUAUUCGCAUACAUCAAUCCGCAUAUCAUCAACACCGGAAGUCUCUUCAACGAUGCAGACAAAAAGGGGUAUUUCAUUAAGAACCAAGAAGGAACAACAUAUCUCCAAGACUUUGGUGAAUACUUCUGUGGGACUGUUGAUUUUACUAAUCCAGAAGCAUAUAAUUGGUACAAAGGUGUCAUCAAGACAAAUAUGAUAGAUUUGGGGUUUGGUGGUUGGAUGGCAGACUUCUCCGAGUAUACGCCUGUUGACGGCGUGUUUCAUUCGGGAAUUCCCGGAGAAGAGGCUCAUAAUCUAUACCCAGUCCUAUGGGCUCAGUGUAACAGAGAAGCAGUAGAAGAAGCAGGACAACUUGGUGAAAUCCUCUAUUGGAUGAGGUCUGGUUUCUCAGGGACCGGAAAGCAUGCAGUGGUGAUGUGGGCUGGUGACCAAAAUGUGGAUUUCAGCUACUCCGAUGGCCUGCCUUCAGCAAUAACAGGAGCACUAUCAAUGGGAAUGAGUGGUAUGGGACUGACACACUUUGAUGUAGGUGGCUAUACAACAUUUCCACCCAUGGUUCGAACACCAGAGCUAUUUCUACGUUCGGCAGAAGCCGCAAUAUUUACACCAGUUCUCAGGACGCAUGAAGGUAACAUGCCUCAGGCAAAUUGGCAAUUUUAUUCCUCCCCAGGGACGAUGUGUCGAUUUGCAAGACUGACCCAAUUGUUUACCACUCUACGGCCGUACAUGAAAGAAGCAGUCAGGCAGAACGCAGAAAGCGGAACACCAGUUCAGCGACCUUUAUUUUUCAAUUAUGAAAACGAUCCUGUAACUUUGGACAUUCAAUAUCAAUACAUGUUGGGAGAUGACCUACUCGUUGCACCGGUACAUCAACCACAGCAAACCUCCUGGUCAUUGUAUUUACCAGAUGAUGAUUGGGUGUUCGUUUGGGAUGGAAAAAAUUACAAAGGGUUGAGUGACGUAACCGUCGAUGCACCAAUAGGAAAACCUCCCGCCUUUUACCGCAAAGGUUCAAAAUGGACGCCAUUAUUUGAAAAACUAUCGGGUAUAAUGGCUAGCUGUGGAGAUGAAACAAUACCACCACAUAUUCCAUUAGAUCAAAAAAUAGUACAACUGGUUAUGUCUCAAGUAGCGCCAUCUAGUAGUCAAAAUCAAGAAGUAAAAGACGAAUUAUGAGAUACAUAUUUUAAAUUGAGAAACAAAAGUUGUAAACUCUAUACUGAAUUUGAAAAUCCCAUAAUUAUUGAAGGAGUGUCAAUCUGCAAUUUAAUGGUCAUCUUUUGAAUGGUAACAAUAUAAUUUGAAAUAGAUAUAUAUACUUUUCUCUAUAUUGUUUUAGAAAACACAUCGGACACUUCUUUUGUUCUUGGUAUCAUAUGUUCGGAGUGAAAUGA